GCGCCAUUCCGAGAGCACAUUCAGUUAUUUACGUUCAUGUACGAGUUGAAAAUGGCUGAUUAAAGUGAUAUCUAAAGUAUUUUGUGCAAAAAUGUAUAAUUCAACGAUGGAAUUUAAUAAACUAACUUCUACUAAUGAAAUAAAAUUGAAGAGUUUUGAAACAAAAUCAAUUGGUGGUUGUAAAAUAAGAAGAAAACAACCUAGUAAAUUAAUUAUCAAAAAACACAUCAACGCCUGGCACUGUUGUAGUAAACGGCCUUGGUCAUUGAGAAUAGAAGGCACAAGGACAGAAGUUUGUAAAAGUUUUGUCUGUUGAUAUAAUAGUAAAAUAUUAAUAUAAGAAAUAGAUUACAAUAAAUUAUACGGAAUGGACAAUCCUCCUGGGAAAUAUUUACCAGCAAAUUUUAAUAUUUUUGAUUUUUUCUUUGGAUCUCCAUCGGCAAAUACGCUGGCAUAUAAUUCGAAUAAAAAUUAUAAAAAUAAUUAUUCUAAAUCUUCGAUGAACAUUCAAAAUUCUCAUUACACAAAUGAAAAAAUGGAUAAUUAUGUAAACAAUAAAAUGAAUCUUAUGGAAGACAACAAAGAUGAUAAAGAUAAAAAAGAAAUAACCGAGUCUGAGAAAAAAGCGAGUAAUACACUUGUGCAGGGAAUGAUUGGGGGAGUAUUGGACGCGUUAACUAACGUCGUUUCUAAAAUAACAAAUUUUACUUCAACAGUAAACAGAUCAAUGUCGGUUACAAUUGUUCCACAAGACAGUUGUUAUCCAACGGAAUAUUUCGUAAGACCUUUGAUGGAUGGUGAAAAUUUAGUUGCUAAUGCGGAUGAUUCAACGCUGACGAAUACGAGAAUUCGUUAUUAUCAAAAUUAUAUUAACAAAUCCCACACAAUGGAGACUGUUAAUAAUUUAUCAUCACAAAAACCAGCUGAUAUUGAUAAUAAUUACUUUAAUAGUAUGUGGUAUGAUAGCAUGCAAGGAGAUAAUUACUACUACCAUCAAAAUAUGAAUCCUGAUAAUUUAUACUCUGCGCAGUCUAAUGAAUUAGAGUUGGCUAUUGAAGAAAGUUUGAAGCUGAUGAAGAUUAAUUGUAAAUCUCAUGAUUCUGGAUCCGCACAAUCUGAAACUGAUUUUACACCAAAUCCAUCUGGUUUUAAUACGGAGAUCCAAACACCAAUGACUGAAAUUCCUGAUAGUAAAAGUUUAUCAAAAGUUGAUGAUACUGAAAGCAUGGAAUUUGAUGAUAGUUUUGUAGAUUUGUCUGCUGAACAAAUUUUAAAAGUAAAGUCGUCAUCAAAAAAACGACGCAGAUCUAAUAAUAACAAUGGAGCCGCUCAAAGUAGAGGAAAAAAUAGACGUAGAGUUCCGUUGAGACGAUUCGCAGCAGGUCAAUUGAAGCACAAAAAAGAAAGGAAUAAACAUUUUAUUUAUUCGGGAAUUCAAGAUGAUUUAAAUACCUGGGAGGAAGAGAUAAAUGAUGAAUCUGACGAGUUAUGCAGUAUUAUUUCUUCAUCUGAUGAUGAAUGCACGGAUGACCAAAAAAAGUGUUUGCUUAAUAAUGAAAAUUCUUGUGUUAUUAUUGAAAAAUUAACAUUCGGAGACCCACCACUUAAAAAUGUUAUUGAUAAACCAAUUAUUAAGGAUUUGAUUGAUAAAACAACGUUGUCAGAAAGUUUUAAUCAUUCCAACGAAUGUUUACCACCAGUAAAAUGUGAUUAUCAGAAACACCGAUUGUCUGAAUGUUCUGUUGAGUCUGAGGACAGUGAUGUUGUUUUUGAAGAUGAAGAUAAAGAUGAAUCGGAGUCGGAGAUUGAGACAGAGACAGAGACAGAGUCUGAGUCAGAAUGUUCAGAUGAUAGUGAAUAUGAUGAUGAUGAUAAUGAUGACGAUGAUGAUAAUGAAUAUUCUGACGAUGAGUUUAUUCAAUUUGAAACUGAAGAAUCCAGUCCAAUUUGUCCAAAAGUUCGAUUUAAUCUCCAACCAACUGUUCACACAAUAAUAAAAUGGAACUUUGCUUAUCGUGCAGCAAGAAAAGGACCUUGGGAACAAAUGGCCCGUGACAGAGAUCGUUUCCAAACCCGGAUUAAUUCCACCGGUCGAAUUAUUGAGCCUGUGUUGGCAACCCAACACCGGGAUUGUAUUUGGAAAGAUCGUUUUGCUGCUACUGAUUAAUUAAAUGAACAAUCAUUGCAUCACAACUAUACACUUAUAAAUACAGAUUAUAGGAGACAGAGGAUAAAAGACUAAUAAGACCAAGUUUUGGACUGUGUCUUGGGCUUGGAUGACAAUUAAUUACUGGUACCGCUCAUCAGUAUGUUAUUUAAUAAUUGCAUAAAUAUGUCCAUUGUCCUAUUAGACCUUCAAUUUAAAUUUUAGUUAAUUCCUGUUGUUUUUAAUUGGCGAUUUUAAUUAUCUUUUAAAAAAAAUUAAUAAAUUUCCGUAAUCAUUUACUAAAAUAUUUAAAAUUCAUAAACUUAUAAAUUAUCUGUAUGUAAAGUUCAUUUAAAUCAUCGUACGAUUGUUGUGUUAACUAUUUUUUUUUUUUAACUCACGAGUUUGUACAUACAAGUCAAAAUACCAAAUCAUAUUUACACUAGAAUCGAAGUAUAAUUUAAAAAUUAUAAACGUGUAAAUUAUAAAAUCCAAAUUAGAAAGUAAUAUUUAUUACAUCGUUAUUAAAUCGGCAAUCAUAAAAAAGUAUUCAACUUUUAAAUAAAAUAAAUUACUUUAAUAAUUAAAAUUAAUUUUAAAUUAGCUUGUAAAAAUAGCCUGCUCCCGGUCUAUUAAAGUUUUUAAUUAUCUUGAUAUAAAAAAAAAAAAAAAGAAAAUUUUCUUUUAAUUAACUUAUAUUACAAAUUAAUUACUAAAUUUUAUAUUUAAUUUUUUUGUUCGUAGUAAUUUAAUUAAAUAUUGCAUAUUCAUUCACAUAAGAAAAUAAAUUAAAAACAUAAGUUAGAUUUUAAUUAUGUACAAUACAUGUAUAUUACACAACUGUGAAUAUUAUAGCAGAGAAAGAGUUGGUAAAAUUUUCAAGUACGUGCCUAAGAAGUCGAUUCUGAUAUCGGCAUUGUUUUUAUACCUUAAAUUAUCUCCGAAAAGCAUUUCUAUAAAUAUAUCAAGUUAUUCUACACUUGAAUUACUCAAUAAUAGACAAUUAUAUAUGAUGUUGAAAGUAUCAGUCGUUGAAAAAAUUUAUUUUCAAUAAACGAAGUAAACUGACUGGCAAAAAUUUUAAAAAAUGCAUUGAAAAUUUUCUGAUGACAAUUGACUAGAUAAUUAAAAAUGAUCCUGAAGUUAACAAUUAAAAAAUUUUGGAUUUUUCUUCUACAAAUCAAUUAAAAAAAAAAAAAAAACUGCGCAUGUAGAAAAUUAAAAAAACUAUGGGUGCAAUUUUUUUAAAUAUUUUUUUUUACAAUUCAUCGUUUGGAAAAAACUCAAAAAUUAUUAGUCGGCUGACCAGUGUCAGGAUUAAAAUCACUAAAAUUGUCAGAUGUCGAUUACUUUCAACAUCAUAAUUAAAUUAGAUCAGGCAUUGAAAUAUUUAAAACCUUGUGUAUAUUUUUUGUUUUAAAAAGUUACACCUACUCAAUAAAAAAAAACUCUUUCCUUGAAAA